GCCAUAGUUGAAGGGGCUUCUAUCUCUUAAUAUGAAAAGUGAUGACACGCGCAUGCCUUGUAAGGCAGGCAAGAAGCGCUCGCGUGGGGACACACUUCAGCGACCGCUCUCCUCGGCGGAGGCUGGUUCUAGUCUCAAAGAAAUGCAGCCAGCUGAUCAAGAAAUUAGUACUUCGACAACUGCCCCUCAAAAAUCUACUGCCCGCCAUCGCGAUCCUAUCUAUCGCAUUAUGCAUGCCCUUCCGCGCUCAGACAUUUUAGAGAUAAUUAAAUGCAAGUUUGGCCGAGAACAGUGUGAGCGGGCCGCGGCCUACUUCAAGGAGUCUUACAUGCAGAACCCUCUGCGUCGUCUGAGACUGCAAAUUGGUUGUGAUGGACCAACAGGACUGAACCUUUUUUUCCCCAUGUUAUCGGCUCACCGCCACACCCUGCGGACUUUAGAUCUGUCCCGAAAUAAACUGACAUACGCUGAUAUCGUCAUGUUGUGUGAAUUACUUGGUCUCUCAGCAAUGUCAUCCCCUCUUUCACAAUCACUUCCAUCUGCAACUAGCCUUCUGAGUUCAUCUGCAAGUACAGAUGUAUGUGCAUGCGAUGAAGGGCAGCACCUGGGACACGCAAAAACCUCUGCUCUGGAGCUUAUAAAUUUUAGCUAUAAUGUUAACAUAGGAAACGAUGGGGCUGUCUACUUGAUGCAGUGCCUUUCACAUAAUUCAACUAUACGUGCAGUCCAGCUUAAACAUGUAGGUAUUGAUGAUACUGGGGCCUGUUCGCUAGCUCCCCUUUUGCGCGCUCGACCGCCGCCGCAGGGCCUUUAUUCACAUACAACGUCACCUGCCACACCACAGUGCACUGCAGCGUGGAGCUUCGAUCCAUCUCGCAUCCCUGGCUUCUUUUUAGACUUGAAUGAGAAUUGUAUCGGGCCAGUGGGAACGUGCCAACUGCGUCAGAGGCUCCCAAGCUACGUCUCGCUAUCACUAUGCAAGCAGCGUGUUAAUCCUGCUGGGUAA